AUGCAGCUGAAAAUUAAUGUGACUGAGUUCAUUCUACUUGGAUUGACACAGGACCCUGUUCAGAAGAAAAUAGUAUUUAUAACUUUCUUGUUUUUCUAUUUGGGGACAUUGUUUGGUAACUUGGUGAUUAUUGUUACCAUCAAGACUAGUUGGGCACUUAGGAGUCCAAUGUACUUCUUCCUUUUCUAUUUAUCCUUAUCGGAUACCUGUUUGUCUACUUCUGCAGCCCCUAGAAUGAUUGUGGAUGCCCUUUUGAUAAAAAACACUAUUUCUUUCAGUGAGUGUAUAAUCCAAGUAUUUUCAUUACAUUUCUUUGGCUGCCUGGAGAUCUUCAUCCUCAUCCUCAUGGCAGUUGACCGCUAUGUGGCCAUCUGUAAGCCCCUGCACUACAUGACCAUCAUGAGCCAAUGGGUCUGUGGUGUGCUGGUGGUUGCAGCCUGGGUGGGAUCCUGUGUGCAUUCCUUAACUCAGAUUUUUUUAGCCUUGAAUUUGCCUUUCUGUGGUCCCAAUGUAAUUGAUCACUAUUUCUGUGACUUGGAGCCCUUGUUGAACCUUGCCUUAGACACCUAUGUGGUCAUACUUCUGGUGUCAAAUAGUGGGGCCAUUUGUACAGUGAGUUUUGUCAUCCUCAUGUGCUCUUAUGCUGUUAUCUUGCAUUCACUGAGAAAUCACAGUGCUGGGCAGGAGAAAAGCCUCUCCACUUGCAUCUCCCAUAUCAUUGUGGUCAUUUUGUUCUUUGGACCUUGUAUAUUUAUAUACACACGCCCUGCAACCACGUUCCCCAUGGAUAAGAUGAUAGCUGUGUUUUAUACAAUUGGGACACCUCUGCUCAACCCUCUGAUUUAUACAAUGAGGAAUGCAGAAGUGAAAAAUGCCAUGAGGAAGUUAUUGGAAAAGAAAUCAAUCUCCAAUAACAAAAAAUAA